GGGUCUCAGAGAUAAUAUGGAAUUCAUGAGAGGAAUGCCGCACAGGGGUUUCUUCCUGACUCCAUCACUUCCUGCGUUGGACUUCCUGCUUCUGGACCUCCGAGGAGAAAGAGCGGAGAGGCGGCGAGCUCGGCUGCAGAGAGACAGAACUACAAAUCCAAAGCAGGAGUUUGACUUGUCUCAGAAGAAGCAGAAGAAGAAGAAUUGUCCUUUUUCCUUUAGAGUGCAACUCAUUUCUCCGUUCAUCACGUCUCAUUGUGAUCUUUUCUGACUACAGAAUUUCAAUUUUGGUAAUUCUGCCUGCAAGGGGGAGAAUCUUAGAUUUUAACAAGGGGAUUUGCAGAGAAGCAUCCUCUUGUAUCAGUCACAGUUUCCUCCUGUUCAUCUCCAUCUGCCUCCCUGGAGACGGACUCCAAACCUCCGAGUACGGGAAUACUUCUUUUGGAGAGGCAACAAAGGACAAGGGUUUAGUGUUACAACAGCACACAAAGAGACCCUGGCUCCUGUAAAGAUGGCUGACGUGGUGCAGCUCGACCCCGACAGCCUGCAGAUACCCGGUGAUAAUCCAUCAACCCCUUCAUCGCCUGCCACAGCUAGAAAUGACUGCAGCAUCACACCCCUCACACCCUUACCCUCACCGAGGGUGGAGGUCAGACCCAGGACGUCCUGUCCAUUCUCAGUUGUCGUUGCGAUAGACUUCGGGACGACCUCCAGCGGCUACGCGUUUAGCUUCACGCAGGAUUCAGAAGCCAUACACAUGAUGAAGCGCUGGGAGGGCGGCGACCCCGGGGUGGCCAAUCAGAAGAGCCCGACGUGUCUGCUGCUGUCUCCUGAUUUGAGGUUCCACAGUUUUGGGUUUGCGGCUCGAGACUUCUACCACGACCUGGACCCAGAGGAGGCGCGGCACUGGCUCUACUUCGAUAAGUUCAAGAUGAAGAUCCACAGCACAAGUGACCUCACCAUGGAGACGGAGCUGGAGGCGGUGAACGGUCGGAGGGUCAGGGCCAUCGAGGUGUUUGCUCACGCCCUCCACUUCUUCAGGGAACAUGCCCUCAAGGAGGUGAAGGACCAGUCGUCAUCAGUGCUGGAGGGAGAGGAUAUCAGAUGGGUGAUCACCGUCCCCGCUGUGUGGAGACAACCUGCCAAACAGUUCAUGAGAGAGGCUGCAUACCUGGCUGGUCUGGUGUCUCCUGAAUGUCCUGAGCAGCUCCUCAUCGCUCUGGAACCCGAAGCUGCGUCAAUUUACUGCCGUAAGCUCCGCCUCCACCAGGUGCUCGACCUGAGCUUGCAGCCAAUGACAAACGGCUUCGAUCAGGAAGGUUCCCGGCCCUUCGACUCCAGCUUCAGACAAGCGAGGGAGCAUUUGAGGCGAUCCAGACACAGCAGGACCUUCCUGGUGGAGAGUGGAACCGGAGAGCUGUGGUCGGAGCUGCAGACUGGGGACAGGUACAUUGUUGCAGACUGCGGAGGAGGAACAGUUGAUCUGACAGUCCACCAGAUCGAGCAGCCACAGGGAACACUUAAAGAGCUCUACAAGGCUUCAGGUGGUCCAUACGGUGCCGUCGGAGUCGAUCUGGCCUUCGAAGCCAUGCUGUGCCAGAUCUUCGGCGAGGACUUCAUCCAGAGCUUCAAAGCCAAGCGGCCGGCGGCCUGGGUGGACCUCACCAUCGCGUUCGAGGCGAGGAAACGGACAGCGGCACCGGGCAGGACCAACGCCCUCAACAUCUCCCUGCCCUUCUCUUUCAUAGACUACUAUAAGAGACACAGGGGGCAGAGUGUGGAGGCCGCCCUGAGGAAGAGCAAUAUGAACAUAGUGAAGUGGUCGUCCCAGGGGAUGCUGCGGCUGACACAGGAAGCCAUGAACGAGCUCUUCCAGCCCACCGUCGUCAAUAUUGUUAAACACAUUGAGGAGCUGAUGGCAAAGCCGGAGGUGUGCAGCGUGCGUUUCCUCUUCCUAGUUGGUGGUUUUGCAGAGUCGCCCAUACUGCAGAAAGCGGUCCAGAGAGCAGUGGGGCGGACGUGUCGCAUCAUCAUCCCCCAUGACGUUGGACUGACCAUCCUGAAGGGCGCCGUGCUCUUCGGGCUGGAUCCCACUGUGGUCAGAGUGCGUCGGUGCCCCCUGAUCUACGGCGUUGGCGUCUUGAACCGCUUCGUGGAGGGACGACACCCUCAGGACAAACUCCUCAUCAAGGACGGCCGCGAGUGGUGCACCGACAUCCUCGACCGCUUCGUCUGCGUCGACCAGUCGGUGGCUCUGGGCGAAGUCGUGAGGCGGAGCUACACGCCUGCUCGUCUGGGCCAGCGGAAGAUCAUCAUCAACAUCUACUGCAGCGCGACCGAAGAAGUCACGUACAUCUCUGACCCCGGAGUGAGGAAGUGCGGGACGAUAACUUUAGACCUGCCGGAGCCGUUACCGCUACCAGGAGCAGUGGGAGGAGCAGGUGGAGGAGCAGGAGGCCCUGAGAGAAGAGAGAUCAGAGCGACCAUGCAGUUUGGAGACACGGAGAUCAAAGUCACAGCCGUCGACGUCAUGUCAAACCGCUCCGUCCGGGCUUCCAUAGACUUCCUGUCUAACUGAGGAGGAGCAGGAAGUGGAGACGAGGAAUGAAAAACUCACAAAAAAAACUGAUUCUAGGGAUGAUCAUUGUAUUAAAAGAAAGCGGUACUUUGGGAGUGGGCGACUCACAUCCUGUAAUUCAGACAUUUAGGCCUUACAUUUACUCCUGGGGGGAAGAAAGCGUUCACGAGAGGAACAUUUUAUAAAAACUCUCCAGCCUUCAUUUCUUUUAAACGUCAGUCAGCAUCUCCUCAACUGAAGGGGAGUCUCCUGUAUGUACAAGAGAAGUCAUGGAUGUGUCUGACUUCAUUUGUAUGAACUCUGUACAAGCACAUCCCUGCUGCACAUACCUUCUAAUAAUUCAAUCUGUCUGUAUUAUACUACCUAGAGUGAGACUCACUCAUUGAUAAAUAUGAAGACUGUUGCCUCUUCCUCAUAUAAUGAAUAUAAGGAUAUCUCACAAGUUCUGGUCUGAUACCUCAUUUAAAUCCUAUUUCACUGUCCAUAUAUGAGAUAGUGAUAAAACUACCUGGACUGCAGCCUUGUGUCUCUCACGUGACUGAGCAUAACCUAGUGGUGUAAAGGCUGAACUACAAGCUGAACAUUAAGAAGUGGGAAGUUGAAAGCUGAGGAUGCAUCACUUAGGGUUCACUAGGAAGGACUGUGGCAUUAUUGCAAAAUCUGCAUGUUUCUUAUAAAGUAUGUCACCCUUCAGGUGUAGUGUUCAAGGUCUGUAGUGUUUACCUGUUCAGGACAGAAACGGUUGCGAAGACAUGCCAGUUGAAGUUAAGGAAAAGCUGAUGGACCUCAAGUUUAUACAACUAUGGGCUUUUAAAAAAAUAUAUAUAUAUGCAGGGGUUUUAACUUUCCCUCAUUAAGACACCAUGCUACAUCACAUUAAUAGCUCUUAAUGUUGUGUAAGCUGUAAUAAACUGUAUUCAUGUAACGUAAUAACUAUGUGCACCAUGCUGACCUAACCGUUUCUUUUCAUUUCCAUUUUAUUUUGGACUGCAGGUUGCAAGGCACCAUCUUUACUUAUCCUAAUGUUAUGAUCCAUCCUUAUAUUUUACAUUAAAAUAAAGACACAUUUU